AUGUGCUUUUAAGUAAAUUUUGAUUCAAAACAUGUAACUUUUAAUUAAUAAACAUUAAGAGAAUAUACAAAAGAUUGUCUAUUUUCUAUUAAUCAUUUAUAUUCGCAUAUACUUUAGCAAUAUUAGUAUUGUCCAUAUUUGCUUGGAAUGUUAUAAUUUCAUUAUUAUCUAUUAGUAAUUUAGUGAACUCACAAAACCUUAUGUUGACAGAAUAUAGAAUUGGGAAUUGAAUCCAAUUUAUGAAGUUUAUAAAUAAGACACUUGUGAAUCUGAUUCAGAAGACUUCUUUAAAUUAUAAUAGGGUUAAACAUAUUAUACUAAAUGGACAAAUUCAAAUUAAGUAUUUUCCCUUUGCAUAAGACGAUUAAAAGAUUAUAACUUCGUAAAGAGUAAACCUUAAUUAAUUAAUAUAGAAUAUUAAAUAUAUCCUAAAUGUUUAGAUACUGAAGAAUUAUGUGGUGGUGUAUAUGUUUAAAAUAAAUAUUGUGCUCCCUAAGGAUAGUGUCCAAUAAAUAGUAUGUUUUUUGUAAAUGGAGAAGGUAAAAUAGAUUAUUAUGAUAAGAAUUGAAAAAAGUUGAUAAAACUAAAUACACAAAUUAGUUAUAAAUAAAUGAUAAUUUUUAUUUAGUAACUUCAACAUUGGCAGAGGCAUUACCAAUAAAUUAACUUGAAAUAUUUGGAACAACUCCUUGUAUUAUUAGUUAAUAUACAAAUUAUGACACAAUCUUUUCUAAUGCUUUUUGUGAGAAUGAUACAGCCUACACCCUUUUGAAUCAAAUUGAUGAAAUGACAUUUGCAACUUCAAAUGGAUUUACUUCAAAUACUGCUGAUAAGUAUAUAUUUUUAAUUUAUCUUUUAGGGUUGGUAUAUAUUCUCGUAGUUACACUUAAUUUAAUAUUGAAUGUAGAUAAUAGAAUCUAAUAACUUGGGGUAUAAGAACUUUAAAAGAUAGUAAUGCCAUUUAUCCUGUUUUAUCAAUAUUAAUGAUAAUUAGCAUAGUUCAUUUUGGACUUGUUGGUUUUGUUUAAUCUUUGUAUUAUUUUAUGUAAGUUCAAUAUUAAGCACCAACAAAUAAAAAUGUUCAUUAAGGAUUAUUAAUAGUUAAAAUAUUUAUUUAAUAUUUUCAUUCAACAAUGAUUAUUUUGACAUUUGGUUUGUGGAUGGAUAUUAAAUUAUUUCUAUAAAUAUCAUAUGAUAUGAAUUGUAGUGAUACUUAAACAGAUACAUUUAUUAAUAAUGAAUUAGAUAACAUUGAUAAAUAAUGGAGAUUAAGUUUCAUUAUGUUUUUAUUAUUUGUUGUUUUUGCUUUACUUGAAUGUACUGCUUUCUCUAUAUGUUUGGAUAAAAAACUUAAAAAAAAAAUUGAACCAAAAUAUAGAUUAAUCACAUUUUCAACUGUCAAUUAAUCUCAAUUAGGAACUAAAUCAGAUAAUUCUAAUUUAUAUAUGUAUUUUAAACCCUAAUUCAAUUUAUAAUAAGAACUAAAUCAAUUAGAUGCUAAAUAGAUUGAUUAAUCAGAAUUUCCAAAUUAAAUUUUAGAAAAUCAAUAAUAACUUAAUAAUAAUAAUGAACCAUCAAUCUCUAUGAAACAAUCUAAUUCAAUUGAUCCAUCCCUUUAAUAGUCUAUUCAAAGUCCAAUUAAAUAAUAAUCAUUAGAUCAAUAAAACUAAAACCAAACUCCCUAUAUGUCUUAAUUAAAAUAAAAACAAAAUUAGAAAUUUUAAUAAUAAAGUAAUAUAAUACCUCCUUAAUAAUAAAUUGAUUUAGCUAAUUUUUAAUCUUAAUAAGUACCUAUUUAGAAACCUUCUAUGAAAUAUGAUAUUGAUGAUCAAAUUGAUAGUGAAGAAUAGAAUAAUCGCACUUAUUAAGUAAAUAAAUGA